GUUACUAGAGCAUGCCAUGGAAGACAGGGAAAGACCGGAGAAGCGCAGGAAAAUUGAAGGCGACAAAGGAGAUGGUGUUCUGCCGGUGCCUUCUCGAUCUCCAAGAGUUGUUCUUAACAAAAUUAAGCUAAAAGAAGAUGUACUAGAAAGACUACGAAAAAUCAAGAAACUUGCUGAAGACAAAGUGAAGGACAGUUUACUUCCGACUUCACAUGCCCCAGAGAAAGAAGCUAAAGAAAGCCAAACAGAACAAGACAAAAGUGCAAGCAUCGAAAAUAAAGCGUUAUCAGAUGAUACAUUGGAUGAACGACAACAAAAACGAAAGAGAGAAAAUGACGAGAAGGAAGAACAACAGCCAUACGUUGUCAAGGUAGCAAGGGUAAACCCUGAACCCGUUGCCAAGGAAACGCAAAUUAUUUGUGAGCCUAUUGGAAAGAAGGACGCUGACUGUGUUUCGUCGGGAGAACACAGUAUUGAAAAACAUAGUGGAGAGUACGAUGAUAAAGAAGAAAGCAAGUUGGCACCAAGUGAGGUGUCAAACAGUAAGGAACCUUCUGUUUCCAAAGCAACCCAGAGCAAAGGAGAUGAGGUCAUCAAAGCAGCUCAAAACUAUGCAAAAUCUGGUGCACAAACCGAACCGAAGCAAGAUAAACUUGUGACUGAUGAUAAACUGGUCGUCAUAGUAACGGAAGUGUUGGAGGAAGGAAAUAGUAGAAACCCAGGAGAUUUAGAACAAGAAACGUCUGUGGAUAAUAACGACCUUGGUGAGCAAGUAGAGACUCUAAGUGGUGAAGAUGAAACAGACGAAGAUGAAGACUACAUGACAAAUGCCAUAUACCAGCUUAUUAAAGACGUGGUCAAAAAUCGUACAGAAUAUUUUGAAAGUGCUCUGCUACGAGAGAAUAAGAAGCUCGAGGAGAGAGUUUUACAGCUGGAGAAACAGAAUACACUUCUCCAAAGAGUCGGUUACCGCUUGGACUAUACAUUAAAAGAAAUAACACGGAAAAGACGGGAGGCACGUCAGUCGCUAAUUUCUCGUGGAACUCAAGUCAACAUGAAUCUCCACCUGAGUCGGACAUCCUCUUCCACUUCGAAGUCAUCCACGGUAGAAAUAGAUGUUCUGGAGGAAGCAAAGGAUACAACUGGCUCACCGCAACCGAAAUCAAACUCGGUAAUCCCGAAAGGAAAAAAUACUUCACGUUCAUUAACGAGCAUGUCCAGGAAAUCUUUCCAUUCAGAGACAAUUGUUAGUAAGACUUCUUCAACUUCUUCGUCGACUGUGUCUAAACUCGACGAAAAUCGUCUCACCAAUUCCCAAUCUGGUAAAAAUAAGUCGUCUUUAGGAUCUGAAGUAAUUUCAAUAUCUCAGAAUCAGGAACCGGUGAGAAAAGUUUCUAAUUCCCAACAACAAGAACAACAAGACACUUGCUCUCACAAAAAGCUACAGCCUGGAAUGGGACACUUCAGGUUAAGUCCAAGAUACAAACGAACUGCUCAGCAACAGAGUGCUAAGGAAGACACGAUCGAGACGGGACAUUUUCGCAUUACUCCUGCAGGGCUUGAGCCACAGAACAGAUCCUCAAGCCAGCGUCUUGGAAAUAGUUUGGUAAAUGAGCCUUCCCACGUGCAGGUUGCCACAAGACCUUCUCCAUCUCCUGCUUCGCCUAGAGCUCAGAAAAUGGAUACUGCAAUAUCUGAAAGUUCGCCUAUAUCCAAAAGCCUUUUGAGUAAUUCAAUUUCAAAUCCUUUAGCUGUUUCAUCUAAUUCUACUUCAAGAAAGAGCCAGUCACCAUCGACGUCCUUCUUACAGGACGUUACACGAGAAGAACGAAAUCUUUCUUCACCGGCUUCCUCCAUAGCCACGAAAAAGCCAACAGUUGAUGACAUCGACAGAAGAUCUCAGGCUUCAAGUAUAGCAACUGUGCCAGCACGAUCAUCACCAUUGUCCAAAGCAAUGCCACAAGAAAAAAGGAAUCUUUCCGCACCGCCAUCUUUGAUAAAUACGAAAACUACUAGAGUUAAUGACCUCGAAGGAAAGUCUCAAACGUCGAGUACAUCUACAGUGCCGUCGGUAUCCAGGGCAUCACCCAGCAGCCAACAAAGUACGUUGACUAGAGAACCUUCCGAGUCACGAUACAUCUCAACUGAAAGAAUUGAAAGUAGUCACCAGAGAAAAGAAUCUGCGAACAACGAGGACCCGGACAUUGUAAUAGUUUCUCAAACGACCAUUUCAUCUCCUAAGGAGCAAACUAAAAAGAUUUUAAGGAAUGACAAAGUUGGAAGUCAAGUCGAGAUCUCCGGUCCCUGUGUACAAAACAGCAACGAUAAGCAGGUUCAAGUGCGGAUAAAUCGAGUCGACAAUCAAUCAGUACCUAAAGAAGGACCUCCGCCUCCUUAUAGGCAAAGGAGUGAAGUCAAGACAACCUCACAGCAGCAAAAUCCUCAUGGUGUCAAUGAACAGCUACCAUCCAAUCAGCAAGCUGUAUUACGGACAUAUAAAACUACACGUGUCAACACAGUCCCUCGCGAUUAUAUUCCUCCUUUACGUUCUUGUGAGCCUCAGCAAAAUGUACGUUACGUAAUGCGAGAGGAUAGGUCACGUGUUCAAAUGGUAAAUGAUCCUCGACAGCCUCAGAGAUAUGUAUUAGAAGCUCGAGGCCAGCCACAGAUGGUUCGAGAACAGCCAAUGCGCCCAACAGAUAWAACACCAACAGCUGUUGGGUAUGACCCUAAACAACCACCUAGGUACAUUAUUCAAGAGGGGCCUCCCCAACUAGUGCAUGAGCGAUCACCUAGGCUCGUACUUCAUGAGGGCUCGAUGCAGCCUCGCCAGCCCGUUCCUCAUCAGCAGGCUUUACCACCGGGUCCUCUAGGAGUACAUCAGCAGCAACAGGGUAACGCGGUCAGUACAGCCGGAAGCAAAGCCAUUGGACCUCGUCCGCCUCUUAUUGGUAUACAGGACGUAAGGACCCAGCACCCACAACCGUAUCAGACCCAACAACAACCACAACAGCACAUCAUUGUCAACCAAAAUCCACCAGCACAAAACCCUCAACAUCCUCACCAGUACCAACAUGCAACUUACCAAUACCAACAACCACAACAACUACAACACCGACCCACACUACCACAGCAGCAAAAUGUUCCUCGUACACAAGCUCCUGUAUAUUAUGCACCACAAACGUUGCAACAGGUGCCUCCACGGGCAAACCUGCCUACUGGCUAUCAACCCAGGCCAACGGUUCUACCUCAGGGGUUCGUCACUAAUUCUAUUCCUCCUCAAAGAGCAACGGGAAAUUCGGAUGUGCCCAUCGGAGGACCCAUACGAUCUAGGCAACCUCUGCCCGAUGUUGUUUAUCAACCAGGUGCGCUAGAAGGUUCGACCGUCCGAACAACAGCACCGAUGCCACCUCAUGGGUACGACCGAUUCCAGCCAAGGCCAGCAUAUGUGCAACAAGGUCGGCAGGCACAAAUUAACGAUCAAGGCAUUCCAAGGCCGAUGACAGAGCAGCAAAUGCCAAGGCCAUCGAAUCAGGGGGGAGCAACAUAUGUACAAGCGCGUGAGCAACAACGCAUUCAAGAAAGAAGAGCUCAAGGAGAAACGCCCCCGGAGAAGAUCCAAACAUCUCCUGCAAAUGGUAAAAGAGAUUCUCUUCCUCAUCAGCAGUCACCGCCAAAACCAACCGCUUCAAUAGCAAUCGUAGAGAACGGUAUUGUCCUUUCGUGGAAUAUCACUACAGGUGAAAGCAUCGAUAAUAUUGAAUGCUACGAAUUGUUUGCCUGUCAGGAUGACAGUAACUCCACUUUGCCUCCAAUUCUUUGGAAGAAAAUUGGAGUCGUCAAAGCUUUGCCGCUACCAAUGGCUUGUACAUUGACACAGUUUUCGUCUGGGAGUCGAUAUCAGUUUGCUGUUAGGGCAGUCGAUACUUCGGAGCGGGCUGGUCCAUUUAGUGAUCCUUGUGUUAUUACUCUUAAAAGAUAAAUUUUAGAAUUGUUUCGGGUUGUGAUAAUGAAACUAGCCAAAAUAGGAUUUGGCAAUGGCGUGACAUCUUCAUUGCUCAAACAGUCAGUAGUAAGCCAAGUUCAAUAUGCAUCUAGAAGCUGCUACAUCUCAAAUAGAACAGCAUAUUCUCAAUCCAGCACCGAAGGCAGUUUAUCAUCUUCCAUACUGCAUCUAUGCGAAACUUUACAAGGUUCAAGUUCAUUUACUAUAGUGAAUCAAGCAGUUCUUCAUUGCUUGUUUCAGUURAUAUUUAUAUUUUGUUUCAAUUCUCUUUAUAUACUCAAAAGAUUUUUACUAUCAAACUAAUUGAUAUUUAGACAAUUGGAUGAACAUGAAAAUAAUAAUCUUUUUAUAAUGUUGCCAAAUUUCCUCGCGAACAACUUAAUAUUCAAGGAAAAUUCUUAUCAUCUAAGGUAGAGUAUUUAUAUUUUGACCCAAGUUUAAAACUUAUAUAUCCCAGAAAUUUUAUUAAAGGACUACCCAAAAAGUAGGAAAAACUACAUACAACA